UAAAGCUUGUUUGAGAUUGGUGGAUCCAUUGUGCAAAGUAAGCUAUCCAAAGUUUAAGUAAACAGAAUGACAAAGUUUGACGGAAUAGUGAGUUUUAUGGUAUUUGCGUUCAUAGCUACUGCAUGGAGUCAAGAAGCAUGCCGUACACCAAACCAACGAGAAGGUCGCUGCGUACCACGCCAGGAAUGCCAAAGCUUCAACGACUAUUUCACACCGGAUCGCAUCCUUAACCAACACGAACUGAACUUCCUACAGCAAUCCCAGUGUAGUUUGAAACCCCCGAAAAUAUGCUGCCCAGAUCGUGCCCCGAGUACGACGAUUACAUCGACAACACCCUUACCAAGUUCUAACUCUGCGGGAGCUCUUCUACCGGACCCGAAGAAGUUCGAGUGCGGCUUUGACAUGCUGGCCGAUCGAAUAAUCGGAGGGAACGAUACAACCCUGGAGGAAUUUUCAUGGUUUGCCUUGCUCAACUACGUUAACAAGAAAGGAAAACAUGAGUUCAAAUGUGGCGGAUCACUCAUUAACCGUCGGUACGUCCUGACGGCAGCGCACUGUCUAGACAAUGUCCACCUAGAUGGGGGUGAGCGAUUUGUCAACGUACGACUCGGUGAGCAUAAUACCGCUACCGAUGUGGACUGCGAUGAAGAAGUGGAUGAGAAUAUACGAGUUUGUGCAGAUCCCCCGCAGAAUAUCGGUUUCGAGGAGAUCAUUCUGCAUCCCGGCUAUGGCAAAAAGGAUCCCAACCAGCACCACGAUGUUGCAUUGAUUCGACUGGCACGCGAUGCCGAGAUGAACUGGUUUGUGACUCCUAUAUGUCUGCCGGAUGCGGAGUUUGUGGGGACACGUGCUGGUCAAAACGUAACCAUAGCAGGGUUUGGUCACACUGGGCGCAGUCGCCACAGUGGAGUUAAGCAAAAGGCAUUGGUUCCAAUCGUUGACCAGCAGCAGUGUAGGCAAAAGUGGUCACGAAUAACCCUAAGCGAAGGACAGCUAUGUGCCGGGGCACAAUAUAGUAUCGAUUCGUGUUCGGGAGAUUCGGGUGGACCGCUGAUGACUCAGAGCCUAUACUGGACCGUUGAGGGGAUUGUAUCUUUCGGCUAUAAGUGUGGCCUCGAGGGAUGGCCUGGAGUGUAUACUCGUGUUUCCAGUUAUGUCGAUUGGAUCAAGAGCGUGAUAAGGGCUUAGUGAUUCAUUCACUCGUGUAUCCUGAGCAGCUUCAAUGGUGCAAAAGGAACUUAGUGACGAUGAUAUUAUUUUGAAUAUGAAGCUUUAAAACCGGGACGAGAUGGAAUCUAUGAUUGCUUUUGUAAGACUGAAUUCAAUCAUACAUUAAUUAUGUUUAGUUUGUUAUUAAUCAAGCACUCUUUCUGCGGAGCUACUUGCAAAUACUUCUAUGAGAAAGCAAUAAAUCGAUACUGUAAGACUAAUGCUGCUUUUGCAACGAAUUAGCUCCGAAAUUUUUAACGAAUUGGUCAUGUUUUGCGUUAAGGUCUCCAGAAAAUUUCAUGUGAUUUAGUAUACAAUCUUUAACUCUAAAUGUUUUUGACUUACGUUUAAUAAUUUACUAUCGUUUGGUACUAACCCGGAAUAAAAUCUAUUUUCACUAGACUAACGAAAUCCUGAAUACAAUCAAUUUAGUAAAUUAUUCAAAUUAACUUUUAGCUAACAAAUUUACCGUGAUUAACUUAGCAAAGGCAAUUCAGAGUGUAAUAAACUUAACAUAUAAUGAUUCCUAGUAUAAUAAAUUUUAUGUCUCUUCAAUAAGCGAAUAGCUAAUUUUUCAACUCACUGCUUAAGUAGAAUAACAAAUAUAGUUUUUAAGAAACCAAAUUUAGGGUCUUAUGCAUAUAAACGCGAUAGUUUAGCUAAUAGGGGAAAUGGAUGUAGUGUCGGUCAAAAUGCCCAUAAUUUGGGCCCAUACAUAAAUUCAGCAAUCGACUAAAUUUUCAAUA